CUGUCUAUCUGUUUCUGUCUCUAUAUCCUAUCUUCUGCAAGAACACAGGCAGGGAGAGAAAGAGAGGGGGUUAAUUGGGAGUAGGAUUGAGUUGUGAGAAGGAGGAGGAGCGUGUGUUCUGAUUUGUGAUUCGGUCUUUGUUGUUCUGAUCGUUUCUGGUGCUGUGCUGUGCUGGCCUCUCGUUCUUGAGCCUUUGCCGAUUCGAUUCCAGGGAAAAGGCGGCGCCUUUUCCCCUUUUUGCCUGAGUUAGGUGUGGUGCUUCUUGGGCUCUACCACAGAGAGGCGGUGUUGGUGGAUUCGCCAUGGGGAAUUGCUGGGGCGCCAAGAUCAGCUCGGAUAGCCCCUGUCGCAGCUCCUCAUCUCCUUCUGGGGGGACAUCCAAGUUGAGUAAGAAUGGGGCUGCCUUGAGCAACUCCAGUGUGUCUACAGCCUCGGUGCCACCAACACCACGGAGCGAGGGUGAGAUUCUAGAGGCAGCAAAUGUCAAGGCCUUUGCCUUCAAUGAGCUAAGGACUGCCACCAGAAACUUCCGACCAGACAGUGUGCUUGGUGAGGGAGGCUUUGGAUCAGUCUUCAAAGGGUGGAUUGAUGAGAAGACACUUGCACCAACUAGACCAGGAACAGGGAUGGUCAUUGCUGUAAAGAAGUUGAAUCAGGAGGGCCACCAGGGUCACAGGGAAUGGCUGGCUGAAGUAAAUUACCUUGGACAGUUGUCACACCCAUAUCUUGUAAGGCUCGUUGGGUACUGUGUUGAAGAUGAACAGCGCCUUCUCGUUUAUGAGUUCAUGCCGCGCGGUAGUUUGGAGAAUCAUCUUUUCAGGAGGAGCACACAUUUUCAGCCACUUUCCUGGAACCUCCGGAUGAAAAUUGCCCUUGGAGCAGCAAAAGGGCUUGCAUUUCUCCACAGUGACAAGGUUAAAGUCAUCUACCGUGAUUUCAAGACCUCUAAUGUCCUUUUAGAUGCGAACUAUGAUGCAAAGCUCUCUGAUUUUGGGUUGGCAAAGGAUGGGCCAACUGGUGACAAGAGCCAUGUCUCCACAAGGGUGAUGGGGACUUAUGGGUAUGCUGCACCAGAAUACCUUGCAACAGGCCAUCUGACCACCAAGAGCGAUGUCUAUAGCUUUGGAGUCGUGCUGCUAGAGAUGCUAUCAGGACGACGAGCGCUGGACAAGAACCGCCCGACUGGGGAGCACAACCUGGUGGAGUGGGCUAGGCCAUACCUGACAAGCAAGAGGCGCAUCUUUCGCAUCCUGGACGCCCGGUUGGGCGGGCAGUACUCCCUUGCUAAGGCCCAGAAGGCUGCAACACUGGCACUUCAGUGCAUCUCUGUGGAGGCCAAGAACAGGCCUAACAUGGAGCAGGUGGUCGCCGUAUUAGAACAGCUACAGGAUGCCAAGGAAACAGGGACAAACCCUCAGCUGCAGAAGAAAUCCAGCAGCAAGAGUGCAGGUAGCAAUGGCUCGAAGCCGCCAUCGAGGGGGAAGCCCGCAUCUGCGAGGCCAGUUUGACUGAACAAUCCUAUACAUAAGAUAGAGCUUUGUUGAGAUGUAGUGUAGGCUCUUAGAGGGACCUGUAAAGAAGAGGAGGAAGAGUUGUGAAUCCUUUGGUGCUUGCCCUGUGUAGUUGUUUUUGCAGCUUCUCGUCAGAGUCUUGUCUGAAGUAAAAAGUAUUGUCGUCGCCUAUCUGCAUGCAGUCAGUUCAGUGCAUUGUGGAUUGUACAGCUUAUAUGGUUCCAACGCUGCAAAAUUUUUGUUCGAUGAAACAGCUGUGCCCAAAUCCAGUUUCCCGUAAUUGUCAAAUCUACAAGCUGGCCCAGAUCAUAUUUUUGAGCUC